GAAAAACUGCCAGUCCAUAUGCUGAAAGCUGUGCCCAGGAGGUAACUAGUCCUCCUUGCUGCGUGCAGAACUUCUCUCAAGUCCUAAGUUCUUAUGACGUCACUAAAAGUACAGGCGUUUUGGCGAAUCACGUCAGCUGCCAGUCUUAAACAUGGCUACCCACCACUUCCGGAACUUGAAACCAAUUAAAAACAGAGGGUGUGGCUAGCAGCCUGUGCCACGUUCCAUCGGUACGUGAUGACGUCAGCAAGUACUCCAGUUCUGCCUGCUGGUUGGUGGAAUAGGCCUCUGGGGGUGUGGCUUGUGCUGGUGGUGUCCCUGGCUCGGCCGCGUCGGGGCGUGGUUUGCUGGCAUAGAGUGGCAGUUGGUGGAAGUAAGCGAGCUAUGGGCUCCAGCCGGGGCUGAGCCUGUACGGGGUGACUGACGGACCACACCGGCUAAUCAUGGAGGACGGCAACUCCAACAUGAACGCAGACCUGGAGGUGCGGAAGCUGCAGGAGUUGGUGAAGAAGCUGGAGAAGCAGAACGAGCAGCUCCGCUCCCGCUCCACUCUUGCCCCGAACUCGCCCAGAACAGCCGCACUGCCCCCGGCUCCGCGGCCGCAGCCCUCUCCGCACACCGCCCCCGCCUCCAUGCUGCUUGUGGGCACCGGCGGCCGCAGCCUGAGUCCCGGGCCCGCUGGAGGGCGAGGAGACGGGGCCGCCUGGGAAGAGUUCAUGGAAGCGGUUGCCGAGGAGAGGAGAAGGGAGGCGGAGAGCGGGCUCCUGCUGGACCAGGUGGUGCCGCUCCGGCCGGAGGAGCUGGAGGGGAUGGUGGACUUCGAGGAGGAGGAGAGCUGGUUGUACACUUCACCAAAGAAAAGGUCCUCCUCCUCCUCACAGAAAUCCGUUAGCCCGUUGGUCUGGUGUCGGCAGGUUUUUGAUAGUCCCUCACCUGACCUUGAAUGUGCAAAAAAGUCACUCAUCCACAGGCUCGACCAGACCAUGUCAGCCAGCAAGAGGCAGAGCAUGUACAGCAUUCCCUAUAGCUCCUCCAGCUAUUCCUACAGCUCGAAUCCUAGUGGAAGCCCAUAUAACAGUGGUUUCAGCUCCCCCUCCUCCACUCCUGGGAGAACCCCGACCGUGAGGCAGCUGGUUCUGCCGAGCAGCACAGGGCACUAUAAAAACUCUGCGGAGAGAAUCCCUCCUCCAGUCAGUCCACAGUCCUCUGUAGACAGUGAACUCAGUACGUCUGAGAUGGAUGAGGACUCUGUAGGGUCAGGGUACAAGCUAAAUGAUGUCACCGAUGUCCAGAUACUUGCCCGGAUGCAAGAGGAAAGUCUACGACAAGAAUAUGCAGCUUCUGCUUCCCGCCGCAGCUCUGGCUCAUCGUGCCACUCUAUGAGGAGAGGGACCUAUAGUGACCAGGAACUGGACGCUCACAGCUUAGAAGAUGAUGAGGAUGCAGUCCACCCCUCUGCACAUCUGUCUGCGAGCAGGUUCUCCCCUUCUCCACGUCACUCUCCUCGGCCUUCUCCUAGACAUUCUCCCAGAAAUUCACCCCGCUCUAGGUCUCCAGCUCGCAGCCUGGAUUACCGAGGAGCUUCUCCCCAGCCUAUGCUCAGCCGUCUGCAGCAGCCUCGCCUCUCGCUUCAGGGACAUGCCACCGACAUGCAAACAAACGUGGUCAAAAAUGAAGAGAAACUGAGACGGAGUCUUCCAAAUCUCUCCAGGGUAUCGGGCACACAGACGGAGGCUGUAAAAAAUAGCAGAAGCUACGAGUCAAACUUGCAAGUGCCAAAUGGUGGAGCAUCUCGAGUACCAAGCACUUCCACAUCAAAAAGGCAGAUAAGUAUGCCACGUACAUCCCAGAAAACAAAACAGGGUGUUGCAGCCCCUAAAGGAGUACCGUCUCCUUGCAAGUUCCGGUCACCUGCAGCUACAUCUCCUUUAGCACUACGGCAGCCGAUGAAGGCUUUAUCUAACCCUGGCUCUCAGCUUACUCAAGAAGCAGUUGCCGCUGCUCAGAACCACUCUACAUCAGGCCCACCUUCCAACCAACAGUCUGGCUCUGCAAGUCCAGUUGCUCGGGCUAGCAUACCAAUGAAGAGUGGUUUGCCAAGACCUAGCACACCAUCAGGUGGUGGUAUACCAGUGCCUCGCAGCAAACUUGUACAACCUGUACGAAGAUCACUACCAGCUCCAAAAACACAUGGCGCCUUGAAAGACGAUAGCUGGAAAGAAGGCUGUUACUGAUCCACAAACCCCUAAAGCUUCACUGCUCGAAGGACACGUCAUCCACACUGUGACUACAGAGUAACCCGCCCUCAUGGGACAGUUUGGGAUUUUCCGAACUGAUCCCAGGGUCCUCUGUCCGUAUCUAGCACAAACGGCAGAGGUUACAAAGAAGAGCACUUUAUUGAUGUUGACCAUCAGAUGUUCUACUCAUGCAAUCACUCUAUCAUGACAUCGGCCAUCAUUUAAUUUUAGCUUUCUACAGUCUUAACCCUUCAGAAACUAAAUGCACUGCAUCCUUAUUUGGCUUUUCAAGUAAAUACUGGUAAAGGAAUAACAUCUGGUAAUGGCAUAUUUUUUUUGCUUACAAGAAAUGUGGUUAAUGCCAAAGAACAACUGCUGAAAAGAUUUUUUUUAUAAAUAUCAAAUAUAUUGAGAGUUUAUUAUGCAUUAAGCACUAACAUUGCAACUGUCUACAAAGAUAUAUCAGCCGGUAGACUGGGUACUGAUUUUACAGUUUUAUGCAAAGAGAAAAAUUGUGGCAUCCUAUGGAAUAGCCUGAGGCUUUCACAAUCAUUAACUCUGCACGGGAUCCUCUGACAGCGAAAGGCUUUCUCUUAACACGACAUAAUGGUACAGUACCUUGGUUAGGUAGAGUUAGGCAGGCUUUACAAGGUCAGGUUUUCCAGUGUAGUCUCUGGGUCCCAAAAAAAAGGUGUGCUGGUAUCUGUACUUUAUACUUCCUCUCCCUUGGCUUCAGAAAUGGUAUCUGAAAACCUGAAUGUGGAAACCCAGCUUUACUAUCUCAGUCUCUUCAUUGAUGACCACCUAAAGGAGCUCUAAACCAGAGCAUAUGGGAGAAAACCUGACGUGGUUGUUUGAUUUAAGAGCUUGCAGAAAACCGUGUGGACAAUCUCUUGGGGUACUUAACAGUUACAAAUCUGGCCAUGUAAAGAGUGCCCAUUGACCAUAUUGUAUGUUAAUUGGCAUUCGUUUAUAGGGUUUGUUCACCACAGGGAGCCAAUAGGGAAAACACUUCUUCACCAACGUGGCCAGACCUGAGGAAAUCAUUUUUAUUCAUAUUACCUGGUCUCCGCUACUGCCUUCUGGCCCAUUCUCGCUGCAAAUCUGUCUACUUGUGUCAACAUCCUGUUUGAUGUGGGUCAUAUGGCGGCUGUGGCCAAUAAAUGGCACACACAGUGGUGUCAUGUCACAGGGUCAUGUAACACCUAGGGAAUAAUUCACUGCUGCAACCAGUCAUUGGCUGCAGUGGCCACAUGACCCAUAUCAAACCGAAUGUUGGCACAGGUACACGGAGAUCUGCAGCGGGAGAGUGAAGGAGCCAGGGGAUCAGGUAAGUAUGAUUAUAGCCUUAUUAUACUGGCAGAUGCCCGGGCAAUAUGAGCGCCUAUAGACGAUGAACAUCCAUCAGUGCUCAUUUACACCAGCCUAUUACACAGGCUGUUUCAAAGUAAAUGCGGAGGAAUGAUCACCACCGCAGUUGUUCCUCCCUCAUUCAGUUCUGUUGAUUAUUGGCAGCCCAUCCCUGAUUACACAGGGAGAUGUGCUGCCGAUAAUUGGGCAUCUUUCAUCCUAAUAGGGCCCUAGGGGUAAGAACAGGGCUUGCGGCAUCUGAAGUAUUGAUCUGUAUAGCGAUGGCUCUCCUGUCCCAAAAUGAAGAGGCUAUACACAAUGAUGUGUAAUGAUCAGAGAACUAUCCACUUGUUCCAUACGGGGUAUGCACGCUGACCUACCUUUUCACUGUCAGAAUCUCUGUAGAGUGAUCUGCGUGCCAAGUGGCCCAAUAGCUGUGUGCGCUGUCCUGCUGCAUCCCCUUUCUGUACUCGGAGGGUUAAAUAUUAGAAAGCUUUAUGUCCCCCAUUAUCCCUUGUCCCCUCUGCAUUUUACGUUGCGUCCGACGUAUUUAAAUUGUACAUAAUUUGCUCCUGGCGUUUCAGUAUUGUAGUAAUUUCUCUUGCCUUACUUAUCCCAUAUUUAGCAUUAUCUGUGCCAGCAUUUACCAUUGCUCUAUCCAUAAGGACAGGUCACCACUUCUGCUGUCUAAAUGGCAGUGAAUCGUAAGCCAUGUCUGUGUGCUUUGUAUGUAACACGGAUAUUUUAUAUAUUCAAUUCUUACCCCACUGACAAAAGAUAUGGGCCCUGAUUCCUCAUGACCGGUGUCAUAAAUGACCUGCCGCCUCCGGCUCUCCGUGCGCCGGAAUAAAAUCUACUCCAUCUGGGAGCUGCCAUAGAUUGCAGUCGUUAUUUACCCCAGUAUCUGGUGUAAAUAAUAGCCCCUCCCACACAUCGCCAUCACCACGCCCCUUUUAGCAAAACUGGCAUCGUUGGUGUAAAAUGUCCGUUGUGACUAGAAAAUUUGUAACGACAUUGAAAUUUGCGGCUUUUCUACGCAAUAAAACGCGUAGGGUGAACAGUGAAUUUCCCCCAUAGUUCCCUCCUAAUCCUAUGUCUUGAGUUUCACAUUGGUGAUCCCUAGUAGACUAUAUAUUGUUCUAGAAGUGGCGCAUUUAUAUGCAUAGCUGCUUCCCAGUAGCAGAAAGGAAGACAAAAUGGUGUCCACCAGUAAGGCAGCGCUUUGCUUAUCCUGCCACAGGCAAAGCAGGCAUAACUUCAAAGUGAUUGCCUAUGGUCCUAGGUGUAGAGCUUUAGGACUAUGGGGGAAACACGGUAGGCUUCAUUAGAGAGUCAUGGUAUCGCAGUACCUUUACGUGCUGUGCUCCGAAAACGAAGAGGAGCAGAAGUCCGAAGCUGCAGAUGCAGUAAAUGGUGGCAUGUCACCUGGAUGGCGGAAUAGAACUAGAUCCUCCGUCAUUAUUCAUGGCAGGCCUCAGCCUUUAUAGUUGCAUUAAGGUUUAUUUCUAAAGGAGUUUUUAAUGUAAAUGACCCCUUUAUCAGGGCAUGUGUAAUAGGUAUCCUCUGCGCCAUCUGUUUGGCAGUAUUCCUAAGCCAAGUACUCUGUCCACAUCUGUCCUGCAAUUGAAAUGUGUGGCAACCAUUGGACCCCAUUAACUUAUAAUGGUAUCUGCUGGGUCCUGAAGGGCUAUUCUUCCUGUCAAAAUCAAUGGAAUCUGCGGCGGAGGCCUUUUACACAUGUGUGUACCGUACAAAUGAUCUGAAAAUAGCUUUUAUCUGCACCUAUCAGAAAUGCACAGCAUGAGGACUGUGCUUGUGCAGCCUAGACACAUAGCGGUUACCCCCCCGGGACCAGACGGCACCCUCUUAGAACUGCAGGGUGCUGACUGGGGUCAUUAGACUAUAGGGACACCCACUGGCUUCAGUGCGAGCUCUUUAUGCUCUGUUCUUCAUACAGCACCACUCAUGGGGUAAAUUUAUACAAGUCACAGAACUACUCUCCCCCUCUUCACUUUAGGGCUGGCAUGCUCAACCUGCGGCCCUCCAGCUGUUGCAAAACUACAACUCCCAUCAUUCCCUGACAGCCUACAGCUAUCAUCCUAGAGAAGGGAAUCGUGGGAGUUGUAGUUUUACAACAGCUGGAGGGCCGCAGGUUGAGCAUCCCUGCUUUAGGGUAAGUUUGUGUUGUUUUUUUGUUUUCUCGCGUGGCUAAUGGCAAUCAUUACAUACAUAGAGGGACCUGCCUGUGUUCUGUGGUUUUGAAAGUGCUAAAUUAAGAUUCUAGGUUCAGUAGAUGUAGGUUUUGGGUUCAGCAUAGCCAUCUACAUCUUGCAAUGUAGAAGUGGACGUAUGCUCACUUACUGCUAUCAGCAUGCAGUGAACAUACAUCCAUGUGAUUAUAUGUAGCCAUAGUAUAUGAUACAUGUAUGUUGACUGUUUGUUUCACUGGAUCAUGAACAUUCAAACUACACAGUCAACAGUACAGCACUGGAUCCUGUGUCAUAUAGUAUGGAAAGUGGGCAGUGUGCACAUCGAGUGUUCGCCCUUUUUACGAUUCCGUUUGCACUGCUGUAUCUACCAAUGGUCAUUUAUCGGGAUAAUAUUCUAUAGAAACGUUCUCUAAGCUUUGACUUGAUCUCCAGUGCAGGUCAUCUGUCGGUUUGUGGGACACUUUAACUCCUGGUUAUGUCGUGAGUAUUGUAUUGCCUGGUAUAAAGCCCCAUUCAAGUAAAUGUAGUUGUGACUUCAGUGAACCUCAGACAACCACUGAUGAGCUGAGUAUUACUUUACAAAUAGAUGGAGGAAUAGCAGAAUCUGCUGUAGAGGGUACCACCAAGCUGCUCCUUAUAUAUAAGGAAGGAUGGCAUUGGGGUAUCGUUGGUGUUGAUUCUGAAUUCCCCGUUAAUUAUUUGUACAGUAAAUAUAUACCCAUAAAAAACUUUAGUACUUAGGAGAAAUGGAGAAUUGAUUAGACAACAGAAUGUAUCCAUUUUUCAAUCUACACCCUGAUCCAUUUCCAAGUUUUUGGAUAUUUUUUUUGGGGGGGGGGGGGGUUGGGGGAGAGGUGGGCGAUGAAAAAUGAUGGUGUGUAUGAUGAUGACUGAAACUCAUAAAACCUUAGGACAAAAGUUAUGACUACCAGUUUACUUUAUCAAACUUUCUAUGCAAAAUGACCUCAAAGGUUGCCAUAUACAAUCACAAGACUUUUGUGACCCAUUAGGAUGAGUGCACCUAAAUAUAUGGAGCAUUUCAGUCCAAACUUUUUUUUAACUUUGUUUCUAAAUUCAUGUUGCAUGUUGAUCUUAGAGGGGCUGUCCAUCUGGGAAAUGUUUUUUGCAAAAAGCAGGGUGAGUAAAAAAAAAUAAAAAAUGAAGUCUUGACUUACCUAUUCCCUUAGAUUUCUAUUCCAACUCCUUAACUGGUCCCUGGAGAUCCAUACUUCCUGAUCUCCAUUCAACACAUAGGAAAAGUCAUUAACCCCCUGCCCCCCAGACUGAUCAUACCGUAUUCGUGCAUGCAGGAAAAGAUACUAUUUUGGACCCACGCUGUUCGGGGGCUGUCUGGUUGCAGAAGGGGAAGCCACUUCUAAGGGCUAUUUUGUAGGCUGUAAUUGCGCUACAGCCCUGAUACGUUGCAAGAUACAGCCUUUAGAAAUGCUUUGCAGUGAAAGCUGAAUAUACCUGUAGCUUUCACUCCAUAAUAACUGUAUCUCUCCAGGUGUCACCUAGCCCUGUGAUCUUGGUCUUGUUUAAAAGCUUAGAUUGUCAGCUUUCAAACAAGACUAGCUCACAUUUGUAGGUGCUACCAGCCCAAGAUAUGAAGGGUUUAAGUAGCCCUCCCUCCCUUGAGCUGGCUGUGAUGUCGGGCAGUGGGGAGUGCUGACAGGCUGGAAGACCAGAGGAAAAAAAUAUCUCUCUCCCUGUUUAAUCUGUACAUGUCACCAGGGGGAGGGUAACUAACUUCUGUGCAUCUUGUCAAUCCUGCUUCACCCAUUAAUCAAAAUCUACAGUAAGAAAAAGUGACAUUUUAGGGAGAGCUUUUACAAUUUUGAUCAAAUCAGAGGCUGUAACGGUCACCUGCUUGAGCCUUCGGUUGAGUAAGCUUUUCCUGGCAUUUCCUUUGUGUCUAGAUGGGACCAGAAAGCGAAGACCGGUCGGUAAGCAUCACAGUGGCAGGUGAUGGGUGAGAUCCUUUGCCAAAAUCUUUCCAGCUGGACAUCCUCUUUAACAUUCAAGUCCAUGUAAGUGGAUGUCGGGUGGAGGAACACAUUGCCGUACUGUAGUGGAGGUAUUGCUGUCCCCUGAUUUUGAGUAGUGGUAUUUGUUCUGUGCAAGUUCCCUCUAGGCUGGCAUACACACUCAUACAUGAAUUUGGUACCUCUGUUCAUAGACUCUUGAAACGAGACCUGCCUGUUCUACUUUUCUGAAUCAGGACGUGGGUUUGCUUUUUGUACUUCAUUAUAUUGUUGAAAGAAGUGUGGAUAUAAUAGUGCCUAUGAUUUAUUUAUGUUUGCGUAUUAAAAAGGAUCUUUUUGAAUCUGGAUUAUUUUUGUGCCAAUGCAGUUGAAUUUUUAUGUAAGCAAGCAGAUUGUGUAACUUACUGCUUCCAAAGUUAUUUAAGUUUUUUCUAUGUGUGUUAAUAAAAAAAUGUACAAAUUGUAAAAAUACAGAUUUAUUCUUAA